GCAGCUCGGGUCUCCUGGACUCUCAAGCUUCGUACAAACCCAUUGGCCUCCUACAGACCAGAACAGGCGGUUGACCGCGAGCGCUUCUCCGCGCGCGCACCCGGUGGAGUGAUCAUAGAGUGCCACGGACAGGCAGAGCGGCCAGGAGCUGCCCGCUUCCGGUACCGCCACAUUGCUCCAAGAGCUGCCGCGUACGCAGUUUCCAUGGGGACUGAACAUGGCGCCGCGAGAUAAAAGGUUGUCCUCAACCCCUCUGGAAGUCCUGUUCUUUCUGAAUGGGUGGUACUAUGCCACCUAUUUCCUGCUGGAGCUCCUCAUUUUCCUGUAUAAAGCAUAUCUCUUCACUGCAAGGCAGAAGUCUCUUCAGCUGAUGUCUUUAGAACGAUUCAGUAGGAAAUCUCUCGCAGCAAGAGUAUCUUGAGUUUGGGAAAUGUGGGCUUCUCCAUCCUGACUCUUCCCCAUCUGUCUCUGCUGAAAUAUUCAGAUCUCUGUACCAUUAUAAUUCAUUCAUUCGACAGAGAGGAACCCCCACAGACUUAGUCUCUUGCUGCCGUACCCAACAGCCAAUCUAGUCUUGGAUGUGGUGAUGCUGCUCCUUUAUCUUGGCAUUGAAGUAAUACGACUGUUUUUUGGUUCAAAGGGAAACCUCUGCCAGCGAAAGAUGCCCCUUGGCAUUAGUGUGGCCUUGACCUUCCCAUCUGCCAUGAUGGCUUCGUAUUACCUGCUGCUGCAGACCUAUGUGCUCCGCCUAGAAGCUAUCAUGAACAGCAUCUUGCUCUUCUUUUGUGGCUCAGAGCUACUGCUUGAGAUACUCACGUUGGCCACCUUUUCCAGUAUGGAGAGGAUCUGAAGUACAAGAAUUCCAGCUGGUAGCCCAUCAGGGUGACAACACAUUCUUCUGGUACUUCAGCCACACUUGUGAAAAGUGGUAGGUCAUGUUGGCCUGGGAAAGGUUGUGUGGUUUUUCCUCAGAACAGACAUUUGGGCAUUGAGCACCUACUUGAGGUCACUGGCAUCAUCUUUAAACCAGGAUCAUCAGCAGGAGAUACUGACCUUUUGUGGUAGGGAGGGGCAAUGCUGUCCCCAUGUUGAUCUUUCUAACAGCUCCUACUGACCUCAAGUUCUCUUCCUUGGUCAUCAUGGCCAGAGUUCCUUGUGUGGACCAUCUGGGCUUGUUGGGCUUCCAGCAGGACCUGAGCCACAGCACCUGUACAUGUACCACAUCUGUCUGCAUGAGCAUGAAAAGUAAUGAUGGUGGGUUCCUGGACUGAUUCAAAUACCCCUAACCCCAAUGCUCAGAGAUGGAGACCCAGAACCGUUUUAGUAGUUCAUAGUAUUUUUAUAUUCUGAUCAUGAAGCAAACACGAUUUUACAAUAAAAAUUAUUUUCU